UUCUGACUUCAUUUCGCUCGCUGGCAGCGACAGCGAGCGAUUCCUUCGCGAUCGGGAAACACGAACAGAGAGAGGGAUGGAGCACUCGGAAGGGACUUCGACAAUGGCGAGUCCUCCUUCUCCGGCGUCGUCAUCGUCAUCGUCGUGUAGCUCCUCGCAUUCCUCUCAGUUUCCUCCCCUCCCGAUCAUGGCCCUCCGCGAGACAAUCGUCGAGAAGAUCCUCGAGAAUCGCGUCACCCUCAUCGUCGGCGAAACCGGAUGCGGGAAGAGCUCUCAAGUGCCUCAGUUUCUGCUAGAGAGAAACAUCUAUCCUGUAAUAUGUGCACAACCUAGCAGAUUUGCAGUAGUAGCCAUGGCUAGAAUGGUUGCAAAAGCCCGUAAUUGUGAGUUGGGCGAGGAAGUUGCAUAUCAUGUCGAUCAUUUAAAGAAUAUAUCAUCCAGCUCAAAGAUUGCCUUCAAAACUGUGGGAGUUUUGUUAAAUGAAAUACGUGAGAAGGGUCUGAAUGCGCUUGAUUACAAGGCUAUCAUACUAGAUGAAGUGCAUGAAAGAUCUGUAGAGUCCGAUCUCCUUCUUAUCUAUGUGAAGCAGUUUCUCCUAGAGAACAACAACCUCAGGGUGGUAUUAAUGUCUGCAACAGCCGAUAUUGCAAAGUAUAGGGACUACUUUGGAGAUAUUGCUAGGGAUGAAAAAGUAGAGGUGGUUGCCAUUCCUAACUCCAACCAGCAAACCAUUUAUCAAAGAAGAGUUUUAUAUCUUGAGCAGGUAACCAAAUUGCUUGGAAUAAGUUCAGACUCAGAAUCAUUGUCAGUGAAAUAUUGCAAUGGGGAAAGCCCUUCAACAGCCAAGGCAGAUAUUGAACCUGAAGUCCACGGACUCAUUCGUGAUCUAAUAAUGUAUAUACACGAAAACGAGCCAGACAUUGAAAAAAGCAUCUUAAUUUUUCUGCCAUCAUACCGUUCACGGGUGCAGCAAUGGCAUCUUUUGAAGUCCUUAAGUUCAUUGUUCAAAGUCAUUUUGCAUAACAGUAUAGACACAGAACAAGCUUUGUUGGAUAUGAAGAUCUGGAAGUCCCGCCGUAAGAUAAUAUUAGCUGUACAAGGUGCCGAGUCAUCAGUGACAAUUCCGGAAGUAGCUUUUAUAAUCGAUUUGUGUCGAUCAUUACAAGUUUACUGGGACAGUAAUAGGAAAUGUGAAAUCUUGGGGCUCCAGUGGGUAUCCAAAUCUCAGGCUGAGCAACGAAGAGGAAGAACCGGUCGGACCUGUGAUGGAGAGAUUUAUAGAUUGGUAACUCAAUCAUUUUUCAGUGAUCUAGAGGAUUACGAGUGUCCGUCUAUUCUGAGAUUACCACUGCAACAGCAAAUACUUCUAAUGUGUUGUGCUGAACAAGAGGCCAUUAAUGAUCCCAGAGUGUUGUUGCAGAAGGCUUUAGACCCUCCUGAUCCUGAUGCUGUUCAGGAUGCAUUAGAUUUGCUAGUUCAUAUUGGUGCACUCCAGCCAUCUCAUAGAGGGAGGCUUGAGCCAACAUUCUAUGGACGUCUGCUUGUCAGUUUCUCUCUGUCUUUUGAUGCAUCUCUGCUCAUAAUUAAGUUUGGGGAGGUUGGAUUGCUGCAUGAGGGCAUUCUUCUUGGUGUAUUGCUGGAUACGCAACCUCUACCCAUCAUCCAUUUUUUUGGGGAGGAUGAUUUGUUUUCAAAGGACAUUGGCAGCUACUUUAGCAGAGAUACUAACAGACCCCCAAUCGGUCCUCUAAAGGAGGUGAUCUUAAUGGCGAACUUGUGUGCCUUUAAGUUUUGGCAGCGCAUUUUCAAGGACAAGUCUCGCACUGAGCAUUUAAAUCGAGUUCUACAAUUUGAUGACAUAAAAGCUACAGAGAAGACGGUGCUGGAGACCGAAGAAGAAUGGUGCAUCUUUCAUAAUCUUGCUCGGCCAUCACUAAAUCAUGUUGCUGUAAAAUAUGAAGAUGUCCUGAGUUCAUUGCAUCGAUUUCGGCCCAACUUCCUUGGUACAUCUGAUGGUUUUCCUUCUUAUUACUGUCCUCGUGACUUCCAACACAAAUGCCUUCUUGAGUGUCUGCCAAAUGAAGAUGAAGAUGAAGAUGCAGAUGCAGCUGGCCUAGAUGAUGAAGACCUCAAUAUAUCUGUUGACACCAGGGAAUGUGUUACUAGACCAUUUGUUGCCCCAAAUGACUUCAAGACAAAAAAUGUGGCUGACAAAUUGACAGCUGUUGUGAAAGAGAUAAAAGGUCAUUACUUUGGAUUGGCACCCAGUGAUCAACGCCAGAGUUCUUCUGAGAGUCGUUUGUCUGUUGACAAAUGGGGUAAAUUAUGUAGACAUUUUCUAAAAGGAUCUUGCAACAGGGGCAGCAAUUGCUCGUUUUCUCAUUCAUUCCAAGCAAAAAAACCUUCGUGCAAAUUCUUCAUCUCUUUAAAGGGUUGUCGAAAUGGCGAUUCAUGUUCCUUCUCUCAUGAUCUGGGCACGUCAUUUUCAUCAGUCACUAAGCCAAGUUCAUGCAUGCCAGAAAAUGGCAAUGCUGAUCCGGCCCUACUUAUUCGGUUAUUUCCUUUUGCUGAUGAUGGGAAUAUUCUUAUCUUGGAUGACAUCAACUUCCAUUUUACCUCCAACAUUGCCCGGAGUUAUGAUCCCUUAAGAAUGGUUGCCACCACACAUCUCCUGGAAUCCUCCAUAUCUGAUCCGUCAUUGACUGAUGUCAAGAUCAUGUGGGGACUCCAUCACCCGUACCAAACCAUCAUAGGGAAAUCUGCAGAGAGUCAAGUUCUGUGGAAGUCAGUGAAAUGCAUCUUGUGGUUUCCUGAUUUUGAAAUUUGCGGAUAUGGAGAAAAUUUGGAGGGACAGAGAAGUUUCCUGAAGAACUUCUUUAAGUAUCUGGCAAUUCGGAUACUUGCUGACGCUUUAUGUGAAGUGCCGGUCAUUCUUACCAUGAAUAACCUUAGGUUCUCAAAACUGCAGGUGGAGAAGCUGGGAAGGAGCUGCUUCUUCUUCCUCACCGAGUCAUUUCCUUUCGCCGAGCAGAGCUUUGGGGAAUUGGCGGAUGUCGUUCCCACCGAGAAACUGAUGGAGGUUUCCAAGCCCAUCUCAUAUGUUUUUCGCAUGUAUCCUCCCGCAGACAUCGAGUCCAAUGAUUUCCAAGCCGCGAUUCAAAAAUGUCUGCAUGAUGUGCAGUGACUUUCUGUGGUGAAUAGGAUCGAAAGGUCAUUAAUUGAUCAUAAGUAGCUUUGAGGAUUCCUCCUUUUGCGAGGUUCUUCAGUGAAUACGCUUAGGUAUUGCCAUGUUACGUCGGACGGAUGACAAGAUGUUCAUUGUAUUGUAUGUGGUUGAACUAUCGACAAUCCUCACCCGUUGCGGUAUUGCUUCUUUUCAUAGUGUGUAAUACUUGAGUAACACACACAACGAGGUCAACUGGGCCUUUGGAAGCUCUUUUCAAUCUAGUCCUUCGAGUUCGACUCAUUUUUCGACCUUAGCAUAGAAUAGCCCAACGGUCAGGAGAGUCUUGUUUUAAGAUGUUUGAUAUUGAAGUUGCCAUGGACAAUCUAAAUGUGAAGUCUUGUUUAAGAUGUUUGAUAUUGAAGUUGCCAUGGGCAAUCUAAAUGUGGAGUGACUUGAGAUAGCAUGUUCGCGUCAUAACAUAAUCCCUUGGAUCGCUGUUUU